UAUCAACCAUGAAAGAAAAGAAGUGCCUGAGGCUCCACGUGGAAAGCAGCUGGCACCACAAAUCCAGCACAAGAAGUUUCCAGCUUUUAGACAACUGCAAGUCGCACUAUAUGACAUAUUGGAUAAAAAUUGCAUUCCCACGUUAAAGAAGUCCUACCAAAUUUCAAAUGUUGAAGCAAUGCUAGAAAAGGAUAAAAAGGGCACAACGGAGAGGGGCACCACAGAGGUGGAUAAUUCUACGGAAGGAGGGGGAUUUUCUGAAGAAUUGGACCCUGAGCAAACCAAUUCAGAUUGUGACCUUAGAAAAUCUAGAAAUGGAGCCAAAUCUUCAAAAUGCUCCGCGUUGAAUGAUCAGAGCUUGUUUGCAACAUUAUCUUUUAUUGAACCAAACCAUAGAAAUGCAGUAAUGGAUCUUUGUCACACCCAAACAGAUGAAGACAGAGAAAGAAGCUUUGAUGCAGAAAAAUCGAGUACUCAGUGUCUUGAACCCAGUAAAAAAUGUAUGGAAUCUGGGAGCCAUGUGGUUAAAGAAAUAGAGGAGGAUGGCACCUAUUAUAAAACAAAAGUUGAUCAGGAUGUAGAGAUCGUGCUCUCAAGAGAUUCAAGUGAAACAACUAUUAGUGAUGUAACCCAACCCUACAGCCUACAUUCCAUCUCUGUCUCUGGUGAAGGAAUUUUGCGGAAUAAGGAAAUGAUCUCUGCCUUUAGCAAGGACAUAUUCUCCAAGACAUCAGUUAGCACAACGAUCUUGUCUGAUAAAAACCCUCACAAAGGAGGCAGAUGUCAGGUAUCCGAACUUCUCUCAUCAUUUUCAGAAAUAAAUCUUAAUUUAGAUAUACAGACUCUGACUUCCAACAAGAGUGAAAUUAAGCUGCCAAUAAAGGAAAUGGUGAGUCUCAGUCUGAAUACAUUCACUGAAAAGAUCCAUGGAGAUCAAAUGACCCUUGAAAAGGAAGAAAGUAAUACCAAGGAUUGUGGUAAAAAUAUAGAGAGCUUCUGGUCUCUGCUAAAAAACAAUGAAAUUCAGUGUGAUAAAGCUCCUGUGUGUGUAGCUGAUGAAAAAAUGGCUCUAGAUUUGGAGUAUGGAGAUGAUGGCCUUUCAGGUCGCGGUGCUGAAUGUUUACUAUCAGAUGGCCAUUUAGCAGAGCAGACAUACCCAGAUGACGAUGAUGGAGUCUUCAUACACACUGAAGUAGAAAAGGCAGCAAUGCCAGUUGAAGACAAACAAGAAGAAGAAGGCUUUCUGCGGUGUCAGUCUCAGAGCGUAAAAAUGGUCUUUUAUGAACUUUUUGGGUCACUAGUGAAACUUCUUGGAAGUCCCAGCGUUAAUCAGAAAAAGUCCAGAUUGGGAAGACUUACAGAACUGGAGGAUUCUUCAAAUGCUGAGUUCAAAGCUUUGGUGUUCCGACUCCAGGGGCCCCCAGCUGUUUUCAUGCAGCUGAUUAACGAAGUGCUGCAUGAGCACUUGUACAAAGGGGUUUUGGUUUAUUUUGAUGACAUAUUGAUUUACACUGAAACUAAGGCUGAACAUAUUAAGUUAGUGUGGGAAGUCUUGAAAAAGCUACGAGCAGCUAAGUUGUUUGCCAAACUGUCCAAGUGCAAAUUCCACCAAACCAAAAUAAAUUACUUGGAAUACCGAAUCUAUCAUCAAGGAGUGGAAAUGGAUUCAGAAAAUGUCAGGCUGGUGCUGGAGUGGGAAAACCCCUCAUUAUGUCCUAUUAUUUUAAAAGGCUGCAGAACAAAAGAGAAGACAACACCAAAAAGGACUCCCAAACCAAUAUCUAGGUCUUGGCUCUCUCAAGAACAAAGUCGCAUUAAAGUCAUGGAAGCCUUGACAGAAACCCUCCAGAAAAGGCUGAAUGAGUCCCCUGACUUGGACGUGCAGAAAAAUACAGCAUCAAAAAUAGCAAAGAAAGUGGAGACGGAGAUAUUCAAACAGUUUGGCCGUGUGGAUCGGCUUUACAAAACCAAGUAUCGCAGUCUUCUCUUCAAUCUGAAAUCAACAGACAACCAGGUCCUCUUCCACAAGUUGAUGCUUGGAAAAGUCACCCCAAGGAGACUAGUUCAGAUGGAUUAUUUAGAGAUGGCCUCCAAGGAACUAGCAGAGUGGAGAGCCAAGAAGAAUAAACAUGAACUGGAGAUAAUUGAGAAAGAGGAGCGAGAAGUGCCAAGGCGUUGCUCUGAAAAAUUCACCCAUAAAGGAAUUAUAGAGAUAUACAGAGAGGCAGACAUAGAUGUGGCAUCUGAAGAAAUAAUUGAAUCAUUGCUACUCGAGGUGCCAUCAUUAGUUGGGAGCAACCAAAUAAGAGAGUUGGCUGCUGACAGUGACCGGGUAUUUGAGCCAGCCACAUAUAAAUUUACUUUUCAGCAGCAGGAAAAUCCCUCUCAGAUUUUGCAUCAAAACAUCACAAACUCGGAAAUUGACAAAAGACCUCAGGAUAAGGGCAGGUCUGCCUUUGCUAGUAGUGCAAAUCGACCGAAGGCAAAGCAGUCCAGCUACUCAGUCAUCUGGAAUGGGCUUAUCCAGACAUUCAGUGUGAAGCAGUUUGUAGCCAAAGCAUACCCUGUUUCUGGUUUUGGUCCUCGUCUCUGUCAGGCUUUACCAACAAUUCUUCAGUCAGAGGGAUUUAUUCUCCCCAAGGAUGUCUGGGCUUAUAUAGACAGCAUAUGGCCAACAAAGAGAGAGGAAAUGGGGGUGAUACGAUUCUCCCCCAGUUUAUCCAGAGAUUUCAGUUCUUACCACACAUUGUAUACCUACCUGAACAACAAACAGAGAUACGGCAUUGUGGAAAGCAGCCAGAUGGAGAUAUUCCUGGUGCCAUUACCAGCCUACCAAUUGGUGCCUUCCCAAUUUCACCCUGUAGGUGGACCAGGUCUUGAUCGAUGCCACCCAGCUUUGCUGUUAGGGCUGAUUUUGCCCAAAAGAACUCAUUUGGACGUUCUGAAGACAAGUCAUGAUCUUCCUCCUAAAGCCAAGAGAAAGAGAGUCACUGCUAAGGUCAGCCCAGAAAACAGCUGUUUCACUGUCCCUUCACAUUUACAGGUAGAUGUUGGUCAGGGACAGAGCCCGCAGCCUCCGUGCACAGAGGGGCUUUCCUCUGGAGAAGGUCUGUCAAGCCUUCAGGCAAGGCAAGAGGAGCUGACAGUCGAUAGUCUUCUCAGUCUCAUAGAACAGCUCAAAAGAGACAUACUGUGUAGAGCGCCUUCCUCUUCUUGCCACCAAGACGCAAGAGAUGAAGUCAACCAAACUUCUUUGGGUGAUACUGUCCAUUCAACAGCAAAUUCUGCUUCAACUGGAGAACAAUUGGGCAAUUUAACUCCUGAAAUUUUGGGAACACGGCCAUGUCAGAGUGAGGAAGAGAGACAGUUUUGCAUUGCUCUUCAUCCAUCAGAUUUCUGUAGCGUGCUUGGGCCUCUUUUGUCUUCUGGGGUUUUACAUCCAGAUCAACAUGAAACACAUAUGGCAUUACCACAUGGAGCCCAGAUAAACACCUUCGAAAGUUUACUUUCACCGGGUGUCCCUUAUGCUGAAGCUGUGACACCCUUUGAAGAAUGUCAGGGUCAACUUUCAGCCCAGAUUCCUGAUGCCAACACAAUUGGGGAGCAUAACCCAUCUGUGGAGGAAACUUUAUGUCUCCUCCAGUAUGUGACACAGAUGCAGUCCAACAUUCAAAAUCUGGAAGCUCAACCAUUUAGUCUCCUGAAGCAGGAAAUGAUCUCUGCCUUGUCUCAGAUUCCAGCAGGAAUAGAGUCACCUCCAGUCCAGCAAGAUGGUGGAUACUACAUAGGAUCAAUUUGAGAUGCUUGGGACAGUGACAGAUGUGAAAGGGGACAACUCC